UGCUUCGGUUCAUAGCGGUGUGGCUCCUUGUGACCGAGUCAGAGGAAAGUUGGACGCGUCCCCGGCGCGGUCUGCGUUUAUCCGCUCAAUUAACGGCUAAUUACAAGCUCGAGUCUGGACCGUGUGUGUGUGAGUGUGUGGCGUUCAUCACGGUGUUAACGACGUUGCCCCGCCCUGCUGGACUCCUGGAGGUACAAACUGGCUUUAAAUCCGGCAGACAUGUCAGAGAACUCCGGGUGUGAGCUGGAGAUCGACGUGGAGAGCCUGGAGACGGAGAGCGAAGAGCUGGCCGACUCCUCCGAGCGCCCCGGCUCUCCGCAGCUCGGCCACGCCGCCUCAGAGGACGACUGCCCCGGCACCAAGAGCCGCGACAGGGCGGGCCCCAUGUGCGCGGGUGACCAGAGGAAACUGAGCCGCACGCCGAAGUGCGCCCGCUGCCGCAACCACGGCGUGGUGUCCUGCCUGAAGGGCCACAAGCGCUUCUGCCGCUGGAGGGACUGCCAGUGCGCCAACUGCCUGCUGGUGGUGGAGCGGCAGCGGGUGAUGGCGGCGCAGGUGGCCCUGAGGAGGCAGCAGGCCACGGAGGAUAAGAAAGGCAUAUCCGGGAAACCAAUUCCUGCAGAGAGGAGGACGAUAUAUCAGCGACACAUCCGACCGUCCACCAUGCUCGCCAAAAGCAUCCUCGAAGGAUAUCGGCCGGUGCAGUCUGAUCCGUUCCUGGCAGCCAACCCGUCUCUUCCCCCACCGCUGAGCGACCGCAUGAGGAAGAGAAGGGCUUUUGCAGACAAGGAGCUGGAAACCAUCAUGCUGGAGCGGGAGUACAAAGAACGAGAGCUGAUGGAGAACAACCAGGGGGCUCCAGGCUCUCUCCUCUUCCCCAACGGCUUGGUCCACCACUCGUCUGAGUACAACUCCUACAAGACGGCCUACUCGCCGGCAGCUCCGGUCGAGCCGCAGCCCAAAGAGCUGUGCAGCUUCCUCUCCCCUAACUGCCUGGAUCUGGGCAUGCAGUACCCCUCGACCCCUGGGAACGUCGAGCUCAUCUCCUCCAACGUCAGCGUGGCGACCACCUACCGCCAUUACCCGCUGCAGCCGUCGCGAGGUGGCUUCGUGAUGUGGCCCCGUGGCGCAGCCAACCUGGGAGACGCUCUUCUGUACCAGCAGUGCCUGUUUAACGCCACGGCGGUGCAGAACAUGAAGCCCGGUGCUGUGUGGGAGCCCAAAGCGAUGCCCGCUGAGAGUCAGCCGCCAGAGCAGGAGGCCGCGCUCGCUGCUAAAUUGGAGGGAUCCCGAGCCGCUGCUCUGCAGGACUUAUCAGACCCUCAGAGGCCCGACCCCAAACCUCCUGCCGUCACCCAGGGGGAGCAGAGGGAGUGCUCGGCCUUCUCUCCUCCUAAGAGGAGCUUUGGACAAUCUUUCCCCAACCACCCUCAUUCCCAAAACUCCAGCCAAGUCCUCAGCAAGUUAAGCAAGGACAGUGCUAAGCCUUCCAUGAAACUCAACUCCUUUCACUCCCUCAUCCAGCACUCGCUGAGUGAAAAAGCCAGCGGCGGGUCCGGGCCAGAGCUCAGAGCUCCGUACUGCAAGGAGCUGUUAGAGGAGGCGGCCCGCAAGUACAGGGAGAGCUCUGCCAAAGACUUUCAGGCGGUAAAACUCGCAGACAGGUACGCCAAAGACUUUCUGUCCAAGCCUGUAGGGACCAAGAUGGCGCCCAGCGAGUCUCUGUCCUUCUCCGUGGAGGCCAUCCUGAAACGGCCCACGCCCGCCAUAAGUCGAGCAUUCCAUUAAAAUCCACGAGGUGUCCUUUGUUGCACUAUAAACACGAGGCUUGUCUCAGCCACAGAUCAGCUGCAGUUGUGGUUUUCGGGGUCAAAUGUAAACGUGAGCACAGCAUCGGAAAAUAGACCAGUUUGAAAUGAUUGUUUUUCCAGUGUAAUAUUUAUGUACAGUGUAUAAUAUUUUACACGCGCAUGUUUGAAUAACUUUAUUUGUGUCGAGUAUUUAAACACGAUGUCGAUGUUUCCCUCACGUCAAUAAACUUUAUAAGACUGAACUUCCAUAAAAAGUGUCCGAUGUCAUUUCAUACUCGAGUUGUGCGAGCGGGUUGUUUAGGUCAGAAGUUAGUCUGCACCGAGCGAUGAACGACUGCGGCCGGACGCAGAAACACGAGGAACUUCAGUCCUGAUGGAUUAUAAGAAAAACACACACAACCCUAAUGUUUUUUUAAUCAUUUUUUUCAUGUUGCACUAUUAAUAAUUUAAUAUUUGGGCUUAGACUUAAUACUUCAUUUUGUAACACCUCGUUUGUUUCGUGCCCAUUAAAAGCAUAAAUUCAGACGAGCUGUUCCUCGACUAUAACCAGGGCUUCUUUAAUAAAAGGGAACUAGAGUUACAGACUCGUCCUGCAGACAUUUUAACCUUACUUUUCCAUAACGUGGUUAAAAACCUGUUUCCUUGACCUUUGCACUUUAGUCGUUUGCAGGGUCAUUAAGUUUUUACAGUAACUCUGCGACAACUAAAAUAUGUUUCAAAUGAAUGUAGCGGACAAUAUCCCAUCACUCCUGCAGAGCCUCAGUGAAAAACUAAGAAAAAGAAAAUCCCAGGAAUGUUUUUAUCACUAGAGUUUUGCACAAAGACAAAUUUCACAAGUAAACCACAUAAAUGAGGUGUGGAUGUGACAGAGUGGAUGUAGACUAAAUAUGCUCUUCAGGGGCUGAAACACGAUAUCGGCUCAUAAAUCUGCGAGCAGCAUCAUCUCAUCCGUUCAUGAUGCAUUUCUCCACUCAUUCCUUUCCACUUACAGCCUCUCAGUGUGUGUGUGUGUGUGUGUGUGUGUGAGUGUGUGUGUGUGUGUGUGUGUGUGUGUGUUGAAAGGAAGCUCCAAACACGGGUUUCACAUGAGCAGCAGAACUCUGAUCCGUGCAAUAAUGAACAAGACAGGAGGUUAAAAAAAGUCACUAAUCUCUUGUUUCUGGCACGGACGUUUCAUCGGCAUGAAUCUGCAGCGAAACCACUCGCCUGAUAAAAAGAAGCAUUUUUCCUUCACUUUUCUCUUCUUUAAGCCUGCUGAGACGUCUCACGUAAAGCAGAGACUGUGGGCGUGUGAUUGUCUUGAACAGCUUCCUCGUUGCUGCUGUAAUUGGAUUUGGCCAGACGAUGACAUUUUGUGUCACCGAUGACGACUUACAUCACUUUAAGUAGCCUGCGGUUGCACUUUGUUUUUCACUCUGUGUGUGUGUGUGUACAUGUUAAGACAUCUUUGUGAGGACAGACAACCUGCAUGUUACUAUACUUGUGGGGACCAACAUUCACUUAUGGGGACAAAAUGCUUGUGUCCACGAGUUUGAGGCAUUUUUGAGACUCAAAAUGUGGUUUUAGUGUCAGGAGUACGGUUAGGUUGUGUUUAGGCUGAGCAGCCAGGGAAAGCAUUAUGUCAAUGAGAUGUCCUCACUAAGAUAU